AUGGUACGCAAGAUUGAUAUUGCCCUCCUCGGCGCGACGGGGUACACUGGCCGGCUGUGUGCUGCGUAUAUGGCCAAGGCUCUCCCCGAGACUGUAGCUUGGGUCAUCGCAGGCCGAAGCGAGACUAAACUCAGAACUCUAGCUGGAGAAUUGGAGUAUAAAGGGGCAGCAAAGUGCAGCGUCUAUGCACUCGACCUCACCUCUGACGCGGCUAUUGCAGAGCUCGCCAAGUCCACGCGGGUUAUUGUCAACGUCAUCGGGCCUUAUGCAUCGACGCGCGGAUCGUCUGUUAUCAAGGCGUGUGCCGAGAACGGAACCGACUAUAUUGACUGUAACGGCGAGAUGCCUUGGCUGCAGGAGAUGAUCAAUCAGUACGACGAGAUUGCUUAUGCCUCUGGCUCCAAGAUCAUCAUCACAGCCGGCUGCGGCGCCGUCCCUGCCGACCUCUCGACCUACCUGGCCGUUCAGCACAUCCACAAGACCUUCGGCCUGCGCACGCGCGAGGUCCUCGUCUCCCUCGACGAAAUCCAGGGCAGUUUCAGCGGCGGCAGCAUCAACUCUCUGUGCGACCUCAUAAGCACGUACGGCGCAUCCCGGAUCGCCGCCGCCUCGGCCCCGUUCCGGCUCGCUCCCGUGCCGCGCCGGACCGCUGAGAUCACCUCCCGCGGUGUCCUGCCGGGCCCGAACAUCUUCGGCGUUCAAACCGUCUACGGCCUCGGCGCGCUGGUCACCAGCACACAGGCCGAGAUCGAGACGGCCAUCGUCGGCCGCAGCUGGGGGUUGUACGCCGGCGUGGCCCACGGCGCCCAACGUCCCGACAGUUACGGGCAAGACUUCUACUUCUCGUCGCGCAUGCGCUGCACCAACGCCUUCACAGGCUGGGGAUUCCGCACGGCCUACCUGCUCCUCACCAAAGCCCUCGCAAACAUCCGACCGCUACGCACCCUCGUCAGCCGGCGACUCUUCCCGGCGGGGACAGGCCCGUCGGCCGAGGAGCGGGUGGGCAACUACUUCAAUUACCGGACGAUCGCGGUCGCGGACACGCCCAAGGACACCGCGGCGCCGCAAGUCGAGGUGACCUUUGCGUACGACGGGGAUCCGUACGUCUUCACAGGUGUGUCGUUGACCGAGGCGGCGUUGCUGUUGUUGGAAGGUGGGACGCCGGCGCACGAACGCGGAGGAGGCAUCUUGACGCCGGCAUUGCUCGGAGACAAGUUUGCAGAAAGAUUGAAACGGCCUGAGACGGAUGUCAAGAUCCAUAUUAAGGUGAUAAAACUAAACUAA